CAAGCAUAAAGGUAGAGUUGCUAUCAGAGCAUUCAAUCCCCGGGUACCCCAAAUCACAAAAGAUUGAAUGCUCUCAAGAGGUCAAUAAGCAAAAGCAGGCAUUGGUUUAUGUCUUUUUUCAUCAAAGGCUACAACGCCAAAAGAAGUCUGGCCAUUGGGGGCUAUAAGUGGAGGCAAGAGGAACUCAGCAACAACUUACUUGUACGUACCGGUUGCCCACUCCCAAACGCCGAAACCAUGCUGGGAGUUUUGAAUCGAAUCUUCGGUGAACUGGCACCAACUUGUUGGUUGAUUUUUGCCGGCAGCCCCCAUGCAGCUACAGUAGAUCUAUUUGUGAAGAUGCAUCCAUGUUGCUCACAAUCUUCGAUCGUCAGUCAAGCUAGCGAAUAGUCUACCCUGAAGGUUGAAAUAUUUACGAAUUUGGCAGUGCGAAGCAAAACACCAUGCGUCGAGAGGAGUCGUCGGCUAUGGAGGCCGCCGCGUCUCAGCAAAACAACACUGUGGACCCUCAGCUUGAUGAUGAUGAUCAUCUACAACGACAGGCAACCACCAACGAGUUGGAGAUUGUGCAUCUUGCAAUGCAGAGUUCGUUUCGUCGUGAACAAGAGAAUAUGGAAAACAGAUACAGAAUGGCACGUGAUGAGCAGCAAGACCUGGAGAAUCAUCAAGCAAAAAGAGAGCAGAACGAAGAGGAUAAAACGCAAAAGGAUACUAUGAAAAGUGCUGUGACGAGGAGAGCCUCGAGUAUGGAAUCGAAUCCGAUGUCUACUACGGAGACUGAGAUGACCUCGUCAUCUGAGAUGGGGUCGUCAGAGUUGGCUGCCGGUGUUUUGACCGCGUCCUCGAAUGUGCCCAACGAAGUGUCUCAAUUUGAAACUGCGCUUGCUUCAAAAUCUGUCCUACACACUGUACCGGUAACCGUGAUGUCCACCGAACAGCCCGCCAACGAGGGUACUACGAUUCAGGUUGCGACGCCCAAAGGGGGCAGUGAUAAGGAAGCACAAUCAAAUGUGGAAGACGUGCCUCCAGCUACUCAACCAGUCUUGCAGGCACCGCGGCUUCAAAGGACAACUGCGGGAAGACCACAAGUCCAGCCUGGUGCUUUCUCCGCGAACAGUGGCAUUCAAGAACGUAGGGAACCCUUCAACGUCCAGCUCGGAACACUUCCAGGAGAAGAUCAUCCCAGGCCUGUGGUCAAUGCGCCGCCGCCCCAGCAGGAUACAAAUGCAGGAUUGGCAGUUGCCAAUGAGGUUAUGGAGGAGGGACGGUUCCAAGAGUUACCACAAGCAGAGAAUUUUGCUUUUGAAGAGGCCGAAAGGGCAAGGCAGUUGCAACGCAAAAAAGAAAAAUGGACUGGACUCCUGAUUGGUGGUCUUGCUGUCCUUGCACUAUUGACCUUUGUGUUGUCCUUUGUGUUGUCGGAUGGCCCAGCCACGAACACCACGAGCCUUCCUCCUGUAACGCAAAACACAAGCUUUCCAUCGCAAGCUCCAAGUUUCUCUCGCGAGGUCUACAUGUUGAACUUGCUUCCAGAAGUGUCAGUGUCCAAGAUGAACAAAGUUGGUUCGCCUCAGGAAGAGGCAUUCAACUGGAUGACAGAGGAUCCAAACUUUUGGGCAUACAGUGAUGCCAGGAGGUUGCAACGCUUUGCGCUUGCAACUUUCUUCUACUCAACUCAUGGAGCAAGUUGGACCAACAACACAAACUGGAUGUCUUACGGGCACCAUGAAUGCCAGUGGUUUUCACGUGAUGUAAGAGUUCUACCAGAUCCACGAUCGCCUGCCAGGAUGCUCUAUGAAGGUCUGGCCAACGUAACCUCAUUCCCUUGUGAUAGCAUCGCAUCAACCAAUCAAGACUCUGGCUACAGUGAAGACCAAGAGUACAUCCAUUUGUGGUUCUACCAGAAUAGUCUGCGCGGAAAAAUGCCUGAUGAGGUGCAUUUGUUGACAUCACUCCAAACCAUUAUUCUUGAUGUGAAUGAUGAGUUGACAGGUUCAGUUCCCUCACUCAUUGGUCAACUCACAUCACUGAAAUGGCUCAGCUUGGCCCCUUCUGACAUUGGUGGGACCAUUCCAACAGAAAUUGGGAUGCUUUCAGACCUGCAAGAGCUUUACCUGUCCAAUCCCAAUAUCUUUGGCACACUUCCAUCCGAGCUAGGCUUGCUCACUAACCUGGAAUAUGGAUUGUCUUUCCUUCAGACUAACAUUUCUGGUACGAUUCCAACAGAGUUGGGAUUGUUGAGCAAGUUGGAUUGGCUCUACCUCUUUGGCAGCCAGCUUUCAGGAAAUGUGCCAAGUGAACUAGCACAACUGGAUGAGGUCUUGCAAAUCUCACUGCAAAGCAACCAGUUGAAUGGGACCAUUCCUUCAGAGCUGGGAUCUAUGAAGAAUUUGCAAUGGUUGAUUCUGUCUUACAAUGACCUGUCAGGUGGAAUUCCAUCUGAGUUUGGGAGGAUGGAAAACCUCUUUUACCUUCUGCUGGUUCAAGCUGGAUUGACAGGUACCAUUCCCAGUGAGCUGGGAAACAUGAAAAGCCUGUUCUCACUCUAUUUGUAUUACAACCAACUGUCUGGCCCUCUGCCAACUGAGCUUGGUAUGCUGACCCAGCUAGAUUAUCUGGAUAUUUACAGUAAUCUCUUCUCUGGACAAAUCCCAACGGAACUAGGACAAAUGGAGAGAUUGCAGGACCUUUCACUGCAAUACUUGAUGCUCUCUGGCACCAUACCGUCAGAGCUUGGAGAGUUGAAGAUGCUGCAAGGAUUGUUUCUGGAACAAAAUUCAAUGUUGAGUGGUACGAUUCCAAAAGAGAUCAACUCACUAGUCAGCGAGGGAUCUCUGCGUUUGUUGAAUAUCACUGGCACGAGGCUCUCAGGCGAGAUUUCGGAAGAGAUUUGUGGCAUUGGGAGCAAUCUUUCCUCUGGAGAGUGUCCCUGGUGGUACCCAGCAUGUACCUUGGAAUUUGAUUGCAGUGAUAUCCUGUGUGGCUGCUACUGCCCAUGUCUCACCAUGGAUCUUGGGGGAGGAGGUGAAAGUCUGGUGGAUACUGGCACUGGCGAAGUCGUGGCCGCAGAGAGUCGUUCCCAUGUUGCUUCCUCCUCACCUUAGCUGAAUGCAACCAAGCCAAAGUCACAGCUACCGUACUUACAAACAUGCAUGUUUGCAUAAAAUCAUACAUUUCUUUUUAGCCAUGAUAUGGAGGAAUUGCUCGAGUUUGCUAGUAGUGCUGUGAGUGGAGUCCUCAGGCUGGCGAGCUUCCAUUGCCUACCCUUUCUAAACUUUGGAUUCCACGCAGCUAGCUAGACAGUAGUUGCUAUUUGAGGACUUGCGAGUGUACAUUGUGUUACCGGUAAAGGUGGAGUUAGUCAGCUUGUUACCAUGCUAUGAUGCUUCCAAACAAAGGGCCGACGCAUGAAUGAGAGGUCAAACUGGUGUCAACCCGCGCCAACCCUUGGCCCGCCAUCAGGCGCCAGCGGUGUGGCUCGGCACACUUGGGACAUCCGGCGGUUUGCCUCGGCAUGCGUUUUUGUUUGGUACGAAAGCAACGGACGGUGUGACACGGUUCUCUUGCACACACGACCACGCGGCUUCUCGCUUUCUUUUCUUCUCUCUCGAACCUCACUCCGCCAUUUUGCCUCGUUGAUUUACAGUGGCACAUACAACCAACACAACAUUCAAACCUUGCGGCAGAGUGGUUGUGUGGAUUGAUUGAUCAUUCGAAGGACGAGAAAGUUUGUGGACGAGAAGAGUGACAGGACGAGUAGAGUAGGUGGAACGAAACCCAAAGUACCGUUCAAACGUGUUGGAAACAACAGACAAAGCAAGAAACACAACAAACAACAACAACCAUCAUGGUAGGCGAUCCAAGAGAGACAAAUAUGCUGGUCGUAAACCAACUCCCGCGGCAGCAGCUAGCAGAACCGGAACCUUGCGAGGAUAGCGACAGCAGCAGCAAUGAUGGCAAUGAACUCUUUCUGACAAUGUCGAAAAGUCAAGCUGCCAAGACUAAGUUUCCUCCUGGCUGUCCCAUUAUGAUGUCCGUCUCUUCUCCCAAGAUGCCUCAGUUGAUUACGCAAGUACUCCAAGGGACUGUAGAGAAGGUUGGCGUUCUAGUGAUUGGUGGUCAGGUGGAAGGUGGCAACAUUUAUCAGGUUCAAGUUGCAGGGGAUGACACGUUCCGACGCGUGCCAGAGAAGGAUUUGGUCAUUGGUCUGGGGGCACCCGUCUGGUUUCAUGCUUCUGGUACAUUUGAGGAGGGAAUGAUUCUGGCAUCACAACAAGUGCCAUCCAUCAUGGUGGCUCAUGGCAGUGCGGAUGUCGUCUAUUCCAUUCAAGCCACAACCAGCAGUCCUUUUCUGGUUCAUCACGGGGUCCAACCGCAUCAAGUCUUUUUCAAAGCGAAAAAGUUGACACUCGAUGGCGUCAAAUCAAUCUACAAGAAACGAAUCAAGAAACUCGCCGCUCAACAACAACAGCAACAACAACAACAACAACAACCACAAAGUACACUCAUCUUGCCGGAAUCUGCCAAGAAGGAAGAACAAGAAGGGGCGGAUCAGGAACAAGGGAACAUCAUCCAAGAGCUGGACAGCAUGGGAUCGGUCCAACAACACAAAGACUGCAGCAAUAGUGGGAUUCAGCAGAUGCACAACCAAGGACGAGAGCAGGAGGAACAAGAGCUAGAGCAGCAAGAAAUGGAAGAAGAACAACCUCAACAAGAAAUGGGAGAACAGCAGUGGGCACAGCAACAAUUCGAGGAAGAGCCGCAGCAGCAACAUGACCAAUCUCCCCUCCGAGAUGAGCAGCUGGAAGAACUUUUCCUACGAGAUCCGCCACAUGGUUUAGACCAUGGAGGGCCCGAGGAGUCAUCAAUGCAGAUGAUGGAGGAUAGACCCAACUCGCCGAGAGUCUCUGUUGUGCCGCCAGAUUCUGUUCCGUCGGAUCCUUCUGUGGUGGAUGGGGAAGAGAAUGUUGCCAUUCGAGAGCAGCACCAAGAGCAAGACAAGGAAGUAGCUGAGGAGUUG